UGUCCCUUUCCUCCGAGCACCGAGCCAUCGCGUUUCCCAUUCUGGGGACUUUGUAACGUCGGUGCGGGUCCCGUCUCGCAACAUGAACGAAAAGUAAUCCGCACGAAAUGAAACUUGUUGGGGCCGACUCAAACAGCGCGAUCUAUAAAGCCCCCGGUGGGAGGAUGGGAGGGAAUAAUUUCAACGCGAAUCCAUCGAAAUAAAGUUUUUAUCUACAUAUUUUAUGUAUAACUCUGGUCAGGCAGCACAGUCGGGAGUGAAUUUCCGGGGGAAGAGAGUCGGUGUGAGACUGUCUCUAAGUGGCUGGGAGAAGGUAGACCUGGCUGUACCUACUAACAUGUUGCAGUGAAAUUAAAAUAACUCGAGGAUUCGUUUCGGGCUUCUAUUUACCAAGUCUGGUCCUGUAACCAGUUGGAGGAAUACAUCAGCAAAGGACACACAUACCAGGUCAGAGCACAGGAGAUGCCACCCUUAUUGUUAUGGUUGGAAUGUCAACUCUUUCUUCUACUCCCCGUCCAAAUUCAGUAUUCUCGACACUUCUGGGAAUCAUUCAUUCCAAAGUACCCAUUAGCCAACUUGUCUCUGGCAAGGAAGAACGAAAGAUGCCUGGCUGUCUUUGAAUUGAGACCACUAUUUCUCUAGAGAUGCUACAGUCAGUUUGAAGGAGCCUGAGGCAGCUGACGAUACAAAAGAAUGAGCCUUUACUCCUGCUUCUUACGCUUCUAUGAAAAAGACUUGUCAGUUAAUUGAUCUUCACUGAACCCAGAAAUCAUAACGGGCACAUGUUCAAAGCAAAUCUGUAAUUGACCCCACACACUGCAGUUUUGACUGCAUUAUUUAAAUUCACAAAUCUCCUGGGCUUUCCCCCUACAAAUUUCGAUUUGAUCAGAAGUGGAGACAAAGUGAAAAUGAUGAAGUACUGGGGUGAGAUUCCUGUGUCCUCUGCUCAGCCCAGUCGGAGUUCUUUUGACCUGCUACAGCGGGAGUUCCGGACGGUGGAAAAUCAAGACCCUCCAUUGCACCAGCCCUCGGCUGAUCGUCCCCGACCUACAACCAUGUUAGACGUGCCAUCUGAGCCCUGUGGCCUGACUGUCCACACCAUCCAGCUACUACAGUACAACCGACGGCUGCGGAGUCUCAUCGCUGCAGCACAGGCACAGGGCCAGCCACAGGUGGAGGGCAUGAAGGCAGAAGAAGCUGAGACCCUGCCACCUGCACCCAACUCGCCGCCCAUCCCGGAUGAGCUACUGCCUCUGGAUAGCAAAAGCCCAAAGCUGCCUUUCCAGUUGAGGCACAGUGACCCAGAGAGUGACUUCUACAGAGGAAAAGGUGAACCUGUGACAGAACUCAGUUGGACAUCUUGUCGGCAGCUGCUUUACCAGUCAGUUGCCACCAUCCUGGCUCACGCGGGCUUUGAAUCUGCCUACGAGGGUGUUCUGGAAACACUGACAGACAUCGCCAAUGAUUACUACUUCAAAUUUGCAAGGCUGCUGCGUUUUGCCAUGGAUCGAGAAGCACGGGUCGGGCAGACUCCAUUCCAAGAUGUGAUGGAGCAGGUCUUCCACGAGAUGGGAAUCGGCAGCGUUCUCUCCUUGCAGAGGUUCUGGCAACAUCGUAUUAAGGACUAUCAUAGCUACACUCUCCAGCUGAGCAAGCAACUGGCUGAAGAGUAUGAGAAACUGGUUAGCCCUGAGAAGAUCUCAACUGAAGACACUAAACCAUUGAAAAUAAAGGAUGAGCCUAUAAGUGACAUUGCUUUCCCAGUCAAUGAAGAGAAUGAGACAGAUCUGUCUGCAGGCGAACAGGCCCUCCAACUUGGGGUCCUGGCGCAGGCUCAUGAACGUUUUGCUGCUGCCCUGGAGGUUGAUGCAUCCCCUCAGACAUCAGGCCCUGAGGUAAGCAGCUCUCCAUUGUGGAACCUUACUCAAGUUAAAAUGGAGCCUCAGGAGAAUGAAGAAGGCAAUGGACCUCAUGGUGUUUUGGGCAGUGAUGUUUUUGAAGAGCCAAUGUCUGCCAUGAGUGAUUCUGGUAUCCCACAAACCCCUAACACUGCUGGAUCUGAUGGCAGCUAUAUAUCCCACUCACCUGACAGCCUGAUAGCAUCUUCUCCUGUUUUCAACCAGCGACCAAAGAAAAAGAUGAGAAAAAUGUGAAUAUUCAUUGGGCAUGCAAAAGUCUCCUUUAUUUUCUUUUCGCCUUUUUCUUUAUAUUUGAAAUAGUUCUUUUCCAUAAUAAAUAAUGCUAAACUUAAUUUUUUUUCCACCAAAACAGGAAUUGAAUUCAGAAUUAUUGUUGUGUUUAAUAUCAGUAGGCAAGAACAAAACAGUAACAAAAAUGCUUCAACCAGUCUGAAGUACCUUCAGGCUAAUCAUAAUGGCACUAAAGAGGAAAGGUGAAAUGAUGGUAGGAGAAAGAAUCUGGGCUUUGAGGGUCUGAAUAGAUGCAAUGUUAUAUUUCCAUUUAUGGAAUUUAAAUUGUAACUUGGUUUAAAAUGAAGAAGAGUUCUUUGUGAGAAAGAACAAUCCAUAGGUUUCCUACCAUUAGUACAAACUGUUCACCUAAUCUGUUGCAUGUUAUGUAACCAAUAUGACAGCCAUUUUCGGUAAUCCGAUGUAGCUAAUUUGCCCAAAUCAUAGAAGCAGAGGAUCCUAGAGUGUGGUAGCAGGCCUUCCAGCCUAUCAGGUCCAUACUGUCCCUCUGGAGAGCAUCCCAUCAAUAUCCAACCCCCACCCUAUACAUUUCUCAUUGUUAAUCUACCUGGCCUACACAUCCCUGGACACAAUGGGCAAUUUAGCAUGGCCAAACCACCUAACGUUCACGUCUUUAAAUGAAAUUAGCAUGUUUACUAAGUGAGAAGGAUUUCAUAGUUCUUUUAAUCCACCUGUUUGGACAUACUGUGACCCACGUCUGGGACAAGUGGGACUUGAACCUGAAUCUUCUGGCUGAAAGUUAGAGAUAUUAUCACUAUGCCACAUAGUGGCAGUUGUUAGAACUUAAACUUAAUAUUAACAUUUCAUUAAUAAACGUAGUAUUACAAUCUAGUCUCAGUAAUGGUGACUAUGACAACUAUUAUGAAUUGUUAUGAAUUAUGAAUUGAACUAUUAUGAAAUGCCUAUCUGUUUCGUAUAUGCCUUUUGAGGAAGGAAAUCUGCCACACUUACCUGAUCUGGCUUCUAUGUGACUACAAUAAUGUAGGUGACUUUUAACUACUCUUUGAAUGCUAAAUUAGCCACUUAAUUCAAAAGCAAUUAGGAUUGAUCAAUUAAUUCUGACCUUGCCAAUGACAUUCAUGUCCAAUGGAAGAAUCAAAACAAUUUUUCAAUGACAGAAACUAAGCCUUGACACUUGCUCCGUUUCUCGCUGGGUAUCUGUAUUUAAAGAGAAACAAGGUGACUUUGAAAUAAUACCAGCUUUGUGCACGUGAAACCAAAGUUUGGAGUUUAAUCCCUGAAAAUCUAACAAUUCUAGUACAAAAUGCAUUAAAAAUCUUGUGUGUUUGAGACCUUGCAGGGAGAGUAUCCCUUCAGAGUCAACAAAUGAGGAGGAAGUGUGUAAAAUUAAAGAGGAAAUUGAGUGAUGCAGGAAGAACUGUUUUCAUUGAAUUUCCAACCAACCAGUGCUGCCAACCAUUGUGGUAGUCUGCACACAACCAGUGUCACCUUCAUAAUGCAAUAGUAGACAUAGACAGCUUUUCCCUUGCUGCUAUUUUUUCAUUUUCUCUAUGUAACCAUUGAGUUUAGAAGCAGUGUAAUUAUUUGAAUCCAAGCUGUUAGCACUCUUAACUCAGAUUGGAUGCUCACUGCCCAUUCUUUUCUGACUAUGAACUUCAAACUCCCUUCUAGAUGCACAACAUGAAUAAAUUAACCCUGAGUGUAGAAGUGGAGCAUUGAGACUUUGUGGGUAUUUUCUCUUCUGCCUGGAUCUUCUUCUGAAUAUUUUGGCACCUUAGCCACAUGUUCAUAAUCUAAAUGAGCUUUUCAUAAAUACUGUAUUUUCUUUCAAUGGUAAAUUGUCUUAGGUGAACAAGCACCUAAAUUAAAACAUUUUGUGAGGAAAAAAUCAUGUAGCAAUUUUGAUUGUUUUUGGGCAUGACCGCUCCUUCAUAUAACAAUGUGCAAAGCUGGUAUUUUCUGAACACGAGUAUUAUUCAGUGAUUACUUCCGCUUGCAACUUUCUGUUCCGCUGUUACACAAAAUAUUAAUCAAACUAGUGAUUAAGGAAUAGUUUAGAAAUUGUUUGUGGUAUUUCCAGAAUAGUUAGCUUUCAUGGUAAGCUCUCAAAAUUCAGAGAUCCAAGGAAACAAAUAUUUUAUGAAAUUAAAUGUUGUAGUCUUUGAUAAUCUGGUAAAGUGUCUGGCCUUGGACCAUGAGAAUUUAAAAAUGUACUGAGAAUACACAGUGAGUUCAUAGAACAAUCUUCAAAAGUUGUGGGAGAGGGUCUGUCCCUGAAAUCUCAACUUAAUGCUUUGCUGAACAUUUCAGACAUUCUCAUUUGUUAUGUUCUCGUCAAAGAACUAUUUGUCUGUAUUAUUUGAAAUGAAACCCACCACCGGCAUCUGUCAAUCAUUUAUAAAGUGCAGUGCUCAUGUCUAGGAAAGUUAAAAUAACAAAAAUCUUUUUUCAAGUUCCUCGCGAAAGCAGCCUAACUGGAUAAAGAUAAGCUGGUGCUGUCUUUUGUUCUCUCAGUGAACAAAGUGAGGCAUUUCAAAUUUACUUUUUUCAAACACUGCUGGCAAACAUUUUGUGAAGCUGUCAUGUUUACUUGAUGUUGGUUGGGCAAGAGCAUUACAUUAAACAACAGGUGUUGAUUUAUUUACUUCCACAAGCGCUUAGACAUUGCAUUGGGCUUAACCAUGUUUGAUAAUCAAGUGACCUAAAUUUAGAAAUAUUAAUAGAUUCAUUUCACAGAAAGAGUUGCAAGACCAGAACAUCCUAGAUGUAUUCUCUCUCAUGAGUCCAUUCUCAUCCUUAUAACUAGUGGGACAAAUUUGAGGCCUCAUCUGAUAAAUGGGGCAGAAAAAUGCCUGAAAGAGAUGAUUGUUUUUAUUUUUUCCUGUCAUAUUUAUCAAUACUUCUGACGAGCGUUAAAUUUAUAGAACACUUUGAUCAAUAAGUAGAAAAAAUAACUUUUGGCUUUGAAAUGUCCCAGUUCAGGUCAAGACUUUGCAUUUAAAUACCACUCUUAAUGUAAGGCAUAUCAUUGUACUCAAAAGAAGUGAAUAACACAUGAUAAAUAAGGGAAUGUACCAGAAAGUUGGCGUCACAGGCAAGAGGAAUCUAUAUCAAGGCGACACGACUUUCUUCUGCAACAGAGAAUUGAAAGGAAGUUGACCACUGUAUCUUCUAAUUAUUUUUGACAAAGGCAAAAAUAUUUCUAACUCUUGUAAAUAGACCUGUCUUGUGAAUUGACCCCGUUCAGGCAUUGUGCUGGUUGUAGAAACACAUGUUGAACCCUUGCAGUCAAACAUUGUGACCUGAAUGGACUCCUUUUUGAUGAACAAAAAUGCUUUGCAUCAUUUAUGUUUCUGUGUAAUAAGUUAAAAGAAAUAGCACAGGAAGAAAAUGCAUUUUUGUCACAAUCAUUUGUCUGCUUGAGAUGAAGGCUUUUGCUUUCAGCAUUGUUUCUGAUUUAUAUGUUUUUUUAAAAAAUCAGGAAAUUUUCUUUACAGCAAGUCAUUUUCUAUGAUUCUGUGGUGAGAUUUCAGACUGGUUGCUCAGUGAAUUACCAGCAUUGCUGCAGGCUUAGGUGCACGUGGGAUGUAUAGCCUGAUGCCUUGCAGCUUUUCAGUUGAUUGAUGCAUCUAUCGAAUUCAGGGGUCAGGUCUCUCACAUAGGCAUAGUCUGUCGAUUGAAAGCAUUUAUUUCCAACGAAAAUGUUAUUGUGUGGGUCAUGUUUCAUUUUUUCCUUGUAAAUUUUAGAGUUUUUUGUUGCUUUUACACUGUAAUAGCUUUAUUUCCAAUGAUUCCAAUAAAUUUCAAUUUACUUCCAACAGAA